AUGAGGAAACUUGGGCAGAAAACCGAUUUCACUUUCCAUCAUAGAUGCAAGGAGCUGACUUUGAAUCAUCUCGUGUUUGCGAAUGAUGUUCUACUAUUUUGCAAUGGUGAUUUCAAUAGCAUCAUUUACUUGCUACAGGGUCUUAAACUGUUUUCUCAGACAUCGGGUUCGCAACUUAAUCCCUCCAAAUCGGCUAUCUAUUGUCAUGGUAUGACUCAUUCAGAGAUUCAACGAAUUCUUGAUGCUUCAGGUUUCCAAAGAGGUGGAGUUCCUUUCACCUAUUUAGGAAUUCCUAUCAGUCCUAAAAGAUUAUCACCAAAAGAAUGCUCCAGUUUGGUUGAAAAGAUGACUCAGAGAAUCAGAGCUUGGAGUACUCGUCAUAUUUCUUUUACGGGCAGAGCUGUCCUUGUAAACUCAGUUUUGAGCCAGGUCAUGCUUCUUCCAAAGAAGGUCAUUAAAGAGAUAGAAAGCAUUUGCAAAGCUUUUCUAUGGAAAGGACAACAUAUGAUGAUAGGAGCCAGGCAAAUCGCUUGGGAAAAUGUUUGUCAAUCCAAAAUAGCUGCAGGUAUUGGUUUUAAAAAAGUUGCUGAUUGGAACAAAGCGGCAGUGUUCAAGUAUGUUUGGGCAAUUGCAACCAAAGAAGACAACUUGUGGGUGAAAUGGAUACAUAGUGUAUACAUUAAAGGCAAGGAUUGGUGGAGCUAUGAGAUACCUCAAACAGGCAGCUGGUAUUGGAGGAAGAUUGUAGCUCUAAAAGGUACGUUGCUGAACUUAGUUGAUCCUAUCACAUUCACUACAAAAUAUAAAGUAGCAGAUGGCUACAAGUGGCUGUGUCCCACGAUUGAAAACCAGAGACCGUUUUCUCAGAUUUCAAAUUGCAACAGAUCCCUCAUGUUUGCUCCACUCGGGGAGUGCAGAAACUUGUGA